GGACACGGAGACGCACACACAGACAGCGACCACCGGCUGGUGGUGGUGAUGGUGGGGCUGCCGGCGCGCGGCAAGAGCUACAUAGUCAAGAAGCUGAAGCGGUACCUGUCGUGGCUGGGGUUCCAGACAAAAAUCUUCAACGUGGGCGACCGGCGGCGGCUAGCGGGCACCAUCGAGGACUUUGAGCCGGCUCAGAAGCGCAUGGAGGACGAGGCAUGUGCAGAGUGCGAGACGCCGCAGAGCGCCGACGGGUGCGCGGGGUGCGCGACCCGGCACUCGUCGGACUUCUUCGACCCCGACAAUGCGCGGGCCAGCCAGCUGCGCGAGCAGGUGGCAAUGGAUGUGCUGGACGACCUGCUGCGGUGGCUGCAGGCAGGCGGGCAGAUCGCGAUCCACGACGCGACAAACUCGACGAUCGCGCGGCGGCGGGCGCUGAUCGAGCGCAUCGGCGGAUUUGCCGACGUCAACCUGCUGUUUGCCAUCAUCAACCGCAAUAUCCGGCUCAAGACGCAGAGCCCCGACUACCUGGGCAUGGACCCGGCAGUGGCCGAGGCAGACUUCCGCGCGCGGCUGCGUAACUACGAGCGCGCAUACACAACCUAUCGGCAUGUGGGCACCAAGGUGAUUGCAUACAACAUCCAGGGCUUCCUCGAGAGCCAGGUGGUAUUCUAUCUGAUGAACAUGAAUCUGCAGCCACGCGUCAUCUAUAUCACGCGUCACGGCGAGAGCCAAGACAACGCUGCCGGCCGCAUCGGCGGCGACGCGUGUCUGUCGGACACCGGCCGCCAAUAUGCACAGGCGCUAGCGCGGUUCAUUGACCGGCGGCGUAGCGAGUUCGGCGCCGAGGUGGCUGCGAGCAACCAGAAGAUGGGCCAUUUCGCGGGCAGCAACGGGUCCUCGGCAGCGCCGGCCUUCGAGACGGCCGAGCACUUUGACGCGACGCAGUACCGCAUCAAGCACAUCCGGUCAUUGAAUGAGAUCUAUGCGGGGAAGUGCGAGGGCAUGACAUAUGCUGAGAUUGCUGCCCAGUACCCCGACGAGUUCGAGGCGCGCCAGCUUGACAAGUUUUACUACCGCUACCCGGGCAUUGGCGGCGAGUCGUAUGCCGAUGUGGUGCUGCGCCUGCAGCAGGUCAUUGUCGAGCUGGAGCGCAUCCGCCACUCGGUGCUGCUGCUGCCGCUGGGCUACGUCUAUGCCUGCGAGCCCCGUCCCUUUGGCAACUUCUUGCGUGUCUGGCGCUACGUGCCUGACAUUGACGACUUUGAGGAAAUCGAUGCCGCAUCCACCCUGAAAAUCAGGUACCCCGAGAUUCUCAUGCCCGACCGCACUGCCACACCGCCACUGCCAUCGCCUGCCGAAACAACAUGUUCUGCCAGGAACACCAAGCUGCUGUAGCCCCAGCAUCCACUUUUCUGUUGAUACAAUAAACGCCCUCGUCAGUUCCGGCGGCUAUUUUUGGCCCUCU